CGCGAUCCGCCGCGGCCGGCCGCCGUACGACGCGCGCGCAACGAACGAACGACCCGCACUCCCGCGCACACGAUUAGCUAACGCGAACUGUCGCGAUCGAGACCGACUAUCGCCGAAUAUACAAACGUCUGAGACUUACUAAACUAACCGAAUUUAAAAAAAAAACCCAGUCACCUGCACCAGUGUAUUGUUUAGAUAAUACAAAUUUGCGAGGGCGGAUUUUAUAACGAACACAUCGACUAACAAACUCGAACCCGCACGAAGGUGUCGCGUCGCAAAAAGCGCAACACAAUAGAGUAAGCGUCUAAUUAUAAACGUGGUUGUGGUGCCGACACUCGAAAUGCAGAACAUUGAUCCGCUGGAGUUCGCCAAUAUGCUGGCUACGGAGCUGUGGUGUCAACAGUUGGCAAACCUAGAGGGCCUCCAGUCGGGGGUCCCAACCCGCACCACGGCGACCAUAACACCCACGCAGUUGCGCAGCUUCGAGCAGACUUACAUCGAGCUGAACAACUGCCACAGUGAGCGCACCAGUCACGCGGGCUUUGUGCCGCCCUCCGUGGCGCAGGGCAACUCUUACGGCAUCCUGAAUCCGGUGGGCUACUGUGACUCGGGCCCGACGACGCUGCAUGUGUCGCCGGGCCCCCUCUCAGCCAGCGGUGACAGCAGCAGCAGUCCCGGCCUUCCAGCUCCCAAGCGACGCAACAUGGGCGGAAGGCGACCAGCGAAAACUCCCCAAGACAUCACUCCCGAAGAGGAAGAGAGGAGAAAGAUUCGCCGCGAACGAAACAAAAUGGCCGCAGCACGCUGUCGCAAACGAAGGCUCGACCACACCAAUGAAUUGCAAGAUGAAACCGACCAACUCGAAGAGAAGAAACAGAUGCUACAGGAUGAAAUACGUAAACUCAAUGCCGACAAGGAACAAUUACAAGCGAUAUUGUCAAACCACCUGCCGGUGUGCCGGCUCAACAAGCGAUCGACCAGCCCUCCAGACGUCAAGCCAUUCCAGGAACAGAGCCCUUACGAGUAUCCUGAUGUACCGGAGGAUGGCGUUAGAGUCAAGGUUGAGGUGAUGGACCCCAACGUGGACCCCGUCCUUGGGUUAGAUAACGAUAUCUUUACCUCGCCGGCGGCAGACAAAAGAAUAAUGCUGUCGGCGGCAAACCCAGCGGUGGUAACCAGCGCUUCCUCGUUGGACACGCCUCCCGUGCGCCCCAACAGACCCAACUUCCUACAGGUGCCCGUACCCUUGACUCCCGCGCAGAUCCACAACAACAAAGUACUGGGCAACAGUAACAAAAUCGCCGGCAUUGAAAUCAGCACACCAAGCAACGGGAUACCCUUCAACUUCGACAGCAUAAUGGAGGGUGGCACGGGACUGACACCCGUGUACCCGCACCCGCACCCUCACCCACAUUCGCACCCGCACCCGCACCCGUGCGCUCAACAGCAGCGUAUCACACCUGACUUGUCCUCCCCCGAUGCGCAUAACAGCCUUGUGAGCCUCUGAGACCAUCUUUCCGCCGUCUGCCCUCUGUUCGAGCCUCUGGACCUCUUGGGGGACCUGGAGCACUCGCUGUAGCAGCACGGCAAUCACUUCUAUUAUAAACCGAAAGUACCGCGACGAGUUGGUCGCACUACACGUCAAGUAGUUUUUAUAGACGCUUUGUAGGCGGAAGUAUCACGAUAGGCCAGUCGCACUACAUCAUAGAGUUUAUAUUCAUAGGUGCCUCAUGUAAGUGAAAAACGCACAGUUUUUUUUUUAAUUGAAACCUUUUAGCAACUUAAUAAUUAUUUAAAGGUUGAAGCUACAAUACGUAGGAAUGUUUUAUAGUUUCGCAGUCGUGAUACUUUUGUCUCACGCUAGAAUUUAACUGGAAUAUAAGGCUUAGUGUUGCCGGAUCUCUGAAGACAGAAGUCCAUGCUAUAAAAAAUAAAAAAUUUAAGAUUUUAUUUUUAAUAAUUAAAGAUUUUAUUUUUAAUUAUUAAAUCUGGCAACACUAGUUCUGUUUGAGGAGCACUAGACCGCUCGCGUGCCUUGGCCGUCGGGGCCCACGUCAGACGUGCGCACCGAAACUAGUUCGUACGUGUAAAGACUACGCUAUAUUUCAUUCUUCAUACUUCUUUCUCAUUUUCUAUCGUGCUAUCUUUGUCUCCCGGGCCCCCGCCGGCUUUUUCCGGGGGCCCAAGUAACAUACUUGCUCACUACGUGCUUUGUAUUUAUAUUAUUGAAAUACAAUAGUCUUAGUUCAUAGCGUAUCGGCCUACGAAAGUCAAUUGAUAUCUAAGCUGUUCUAGGAUUCUAAUGGAGAAUAUUUUUUAUAUUAGUAGUUUGUAUUUCACAGUGGAUAUAAUUGUGAUGUUUACAAAAAAAAAACAUGAAAAUAAAACAGAGUUUUAUUUGAAGCAUUUCAGGGAUAAUUAUUUCGAGUUGUGCUUAAAAUAUUCUAGCGAGGCUAGACUAGUUGUAUUUUAUAUUAAAUGUAUGUAAAAGAUAUCUUUACGCAUAUUAUUAAAGUUGGCGUCACGUAAGUUGGGUCAAGGAUUUGUUCGCUGUGACAAACGUGUCAAACGGCUGCCAUUUUAUGAUCUGUCAAAUUUCAUUUUAGUUUCAAAUUAGCUGUAUACGUUUGGAUUGCGAUGCCCCUUUCGAUUCCCCGAUUUACACGUCCUUAUAAACUAAAUCCGGGAUAUUAUAACCUAAAAUUUCAGGAUGAUUUAAAGGAAGCGCUACUAAUUAGAAAAACCGGUUUUAUAUGCAUAUUUAAUUCGAUCGAAUGUAAUUUCUUUACCCUCUACCUUUUUUAAGCUUGCAUAUCAAACGUAAUCUACAAACUUUUUUCUUGUUCUCUCCUAUAAUCACUUCUCGGCUUGGACCAAUAUUAUCUAUGGCAUUAGUUUUUAACUGCUCACGAAAUGCAUUUUGUGAGCAGUUAAAAAACUCUCAACUCUUUAUUACUUAUACGUAAAUUUUGACAGCUUUGAUUAAGAGUGAGAAUCAGGGCGCAGAUGCAACGGAGUUCUCCUAUCUAGUGUCAACUUACGUGACGUCAGUUUACGGCACAAUAUUUAUAAAAAUACCCGCGUCGACGCGUCUCGUCAUAAUAUAAUAAAGUAAAAUGUGUGCCAUUCGCUACAUCUACUCUCGUAAACUUUACAAUAAUUAAUGAGUACGGAAUAUUUAGUUAACCAUAGACUAACAGCAAUAUUACUUAAUGAUAUACCGUUAAUCGGGGUCACUUUGCUUUUUAAUGUUACUUUACACAGCCAAUGGAAAAAUGGACUUUAAUUUUCUUUCAAUUUCAACCACUGUAAUUUUCAAGUCUUCUUCUCUAAAGGCUCUUCUAAUGAAAGAUAUAAAAAAGAAUUACAAUAAUUUAAAUUGCUGUUAUGCAUACAAAUGUUUUGUUUUUUAAAUUUAAACUCGUUACUUUGCAAAACCUAUAAAAGCCUUAAAACCUUACAUUACCCACGAAAUAUCCAUGUAAUUUGGUAACGUAUAACUUAAUAUAUUUCAAUUAAGAUUAGAACAAAAAACGUUGUUAACUUGAUAGAAAGGCCAAUAAAGGAUUGUUCGAUAAGUUAAAUCUUUAAUCAUUUCCGAAAAAAAAAAGUUUUUAUAUUUUUUGUUGUCUGUUCCAGUUACACAGAAAAGCAAAGUUAGCCGGAUUUAGUGUAAUUAAUAUAUUGAAUUUAAGUUAGCUCAAUGUCGAUGUAAUGUCAUACCGUUCCAUUGGAUUAGGUACUGGUAGUAUAAAAUUAUUGUAUAAGAAAUUCUUGUGAUACGUCCAGUGAUGUGCGCUCCGUAUGGAGGCGAUCAUUUAUUGUGUAUACUCAUGGCCUCGUCCCAAACUAUAUUAAAUAAUAUUUGAUAGAAGCAGGCGUUAGAAGAAGUCCAUGAUUUAAAGCCUGACCAGGAAAAUAAAAAAAAACCUCUUUUGGACACGCCACAUUGGCAUGGCAAUAAAUUUGCCAAAGGAAGUGUAUAGAAGAAAAUAUUCCGUUUUUAUUGGCAAAAUAUGGCAUGGCUUUUUUAUUUCCCUGUGUUGAGUCUAGCAUGGCUGCCACGAGAUAAUUAUGACUACCCGUUACUCGUAUUUUUCUAUAGAGAUAGACGAGAUAAAGGGUAGACAUAACUCUCUCGUGGCGCGCAUGCUAGUCCUACUUGGUCAGGUUUUACAAUGAAAAUUAAACUUGAUUGUUAUAAUCUGUGACACCCAGACAAAGGUCAAUUUUUUUUAAAUAAACACUAAACAAAUCUGUAUCCUUAUAGGAUGGGAAAGCGGAUUAUGGCAAAUAAGCUUAGUAUUCAUUGUAUGACAUAUUUUAUUAAUUAAUGAUUAUGAAAUUGGUGCACCAAUGUCGGUUCUAUAAUCUAUUUUUUUUUUUUUGUAAUUUAGAUUUUGCAAAAUAUAUACAAAAAAAA